UACAUAUUUAAACAUGCUCAUUUAAUCGUUUCUUAGGUGCCUUGUGAUUCAGAUUCAGUGUCGUGAGGAGGAGGAGUUCAGCACAGACUCUAUACAGUGUACAGCUGGUAAAGAUGAGCGACACAACACUGUGGAGCAGCUGCGGAUCUUGCCAGUUUAGUGAAAGAACAUGUUGAUCUACAUUUUCAUACUGCUGUCAUCAGCUGAAGGUUCCAGAUCCACAGAAGUCAUCACUCCAAAAAGUGACAGAGUAUUUGCACUUGAGGGUGACAAUGUGACGCUCUCUUGUAACUACAGCGGUUCUGUUCGUGGUGUUCACUGGUAUCGCCAAUACGCAGGUUCACCACCACAGUUCCUCAUACUGGAAGAUUCAGGGGCCACUACUCCAGCUGAUCCACCCGUUCCAAGAAUAACCAUCAAUCACAGAAAAAAACAAAGUCAUGUGGAUCUGGAGAUCUCCUCUGCUGCAGUAUCAGACUCUGCUCUGUAUUACUGUGCUCUGAGGCCCACAGUCACAGGAAACACUGUAACACUGUACAAAAAACAGUUUUCAUAUGCUUAUCAAACCCUGAAAUGUGUGAGUUUUGGGAAUGUCAUCACACCAGUUGAAACUCACAUGUUUGGGACAGAAGGAGACAUUAUAAGUCUCUCCUGUAGCUACUCCUCAGGAAAAAGUUUAUUUUGGUAUCGCCAACAUCCCGGAUCAGCUCCUGAAUUUCUUUUCAUGAUUCUUCACGCCACUGGGGAAGUUUUACAAAAAUCUAAUAUUGUGGAUCAAGAUCCUCGAUUCUCUGCAAAACUGAAUGAAGAGAAAACCCAUGUGUAUCUGGAGAUCUCCUCUGCUGAAGUGACAGACUCAGUGAUGUUCUACUGUGCUCUGGAGCCCACAGUGACAGGAAAUCCAGUGCAUGCUGUACAAAAAGUGUUUAACUGGGAGAAAGAAAGCAAGAGGUGCCGUUGA